AGUAAAAUCAUUAACCUUUGAUAUAGCUUAGAUCUACAGAGGACUAUGAUCACCUCUUUACUCUGGUUAACUACCUAAUGAUAUUGGAGAGUUCUUCUUAGUUCAGAUCACGAUCGUUAGAAGUAACGGACGAUUGUUGAGAGUUGACUAGGCUGGCUAACAGGUCAACCCGUAGGGCUGAGUUACAGAGGACCUUCUCUAUACCUUUGACAGACAACCACCUAUGAGCUGUUCUUGACAGGUCUGCUACUCUGGACCGAGUCAACUCUGCAAUGUCAAUACUACCUACUACAGACAGAGUAGGGGACAGAGAGAGUGAAACUCUACAUCGUCAUCACUUCUGACCUGAGUGGACGUACCAUGGCUUUCUACUGGCAGAUAGUGGGAGACUGAACAAGAGAGAGAGAGAUCAAGGUGGACAGAGAUAUAAAUGCGACUUUGAGGGACCGAAGGAGGUCUGAGCUAAGGUGGGCCCUCUUGGAUUGACACGGAUAGACCGAGGGAAGGAGAAAAAGAAAGAGGGAAGGGAGAGAUCUCCCUCUCUCUCUCUGGGACAGUGUGUCAAGAUGCAGUUGUUGUUUUUCCGUGAGGUGUGGGAGAUGGAGGGAUUGCAAACCGUGGGGAUACUCCUGGUGGUCUGUAGCUCCCUCAAACUGAUGCACUUCCUGGGGCUCAUUGAUUUCUCCUCAGAAGACAGCGUAGAAGACGACUUUGAGUUGUCCACUGUGUGCCAUCGACCAGAGGGUCUGGACAAACUACAGGAGCAGACCAAGUUCACCAAGAAGGAACUACAAGUUCUCUACAGGGGCUUCAAGAAUGAGUGUCCAAGUGGAGUGGUGAAUGAGGAAACCUUUAAAACCAUCUACUCUAAAUUCUUCCCCCAGGGUGAUUCGGGUGCGUAUGCACAUUUCUUGUUUGAGGCCUUUGACACAAACAAGAAUGGAUCCGUUAGUUUCGAGGACUUUGUGAUUGGUCUGUCUAUCAUUCUGAGAGGAACGAUAAAUGACCGGCUGAACUGGGCCUUCAACCUGUACGACCUGAACAAAGAUGGCUGCAUCACCAAAGAGGAGAUGAUGGAUAUAAUGAAGUCUAUCUAUGAUAUGAUGGGGAAGUACACAUAUCCCUGUAUGCAGGACGAGGCGCCCAGAGAACAUGUGGAGAGCUUCUUCCAGAAAAUGGAUCGUAAUAAUGAUGGGGUGGUCACUAUUGAUGAGUUCAUCGAGUCAUGCCAAAAGGAUGAGAACAUCAUGCAGUCCAUGCAGCUGUUUGACAACGUCAUCUAGGAGCCUCUGACAUAGAAAAGGGGCUGAAGAACAGGGGAGGUGUGAGUGUGCGCCUGUAUUUGUGUGUUUGUGCGCGUGCAUGUGUGUGUUGUGGGGGGGCUCUGAGAGGGGAUUGGACAUUGACCCUCAGCACCCCCCACCCCCCAUCCCAAAUCCUGACACCUCCUUCUAACUCCUUUCUCUCCGCACCCACUCCAAGCCAAAAGAAGGCCCCUCCUCUUAUCCAACCUUUCAUCUCGUCCAGAGACACAGAGAAGAGAAGGGCUGGCUCAUAGACUCUGACCCACACCCACACCAAGGACCUGUUCAGGAAUGUGCAACUUUACAGAAUGUUCAGAUAGAAAUGUGUUGUGCAGAACAGAUAUGAUUGCCAGUCGUUUGUAAUAAGGAGUCAAUCGUGUCAGCUCUAUUUGUCAAUCUGCAACGUUCGAGGCGAUUUUCCUCAUUGAAUACACUUGUUUCAUUAACCAUU